UGUUGUGAUGCAGGAGUUUGCAGCAGCCAGAGUGGAUGCACUGAGAACUCCAGAGGGAGGGUCUUUGGAGCGUGAGCUCAGUUUCUAUGAGUCUGAUUUCAUUCACUGGUUUCUCAGUGGCCUUGGAACAGCUUGGAUUUAAGUGCUGACCUACAGGCCAACAGGUGGUACUUCAGAAACUGCUGGAGCUCUGGUUGGAGUACUGCUGCUGUCCAUGCACACGCACACGCUUUGAAGACUGUUGCAGGAGCAAGCAGCAUGUUUCAGAUCUGGGCAUGGUUUCUUCUCUUGGUUCUCUGCACUUGGAGGUUGGAUGCCUCAGUUUCUCUUCCUGAUCCAGGAACCAGUGAGAGCCCAACAGUCACAUCAUGGACAGUAACAUCGGCGUAUGGGAACGCUACGACAGCCAAUGCCACAAAGGAGGAAGAAGAUGACAACUUCUCUGGGAGUGGGGAGGACUUGAUCAGUGUGGCCACUGAAAUGCAGAAGGUUGUCACGACGUGGGAUGUGACCCCGACUGCUGGAACGACAAAUGGAAGCCUGAUAGAGAAGGCGGAGAGCGCUAAUCCUAAUGCAACGGAGGAGAGCGGCGUCUCUUUGCUCCAGCUGAUUGGUGACCCACCACCAGAAGAGGUCAUCAUGGACUACGGGCCGGGCAGGACCACAGCCUACAUCUUCACCCCUGCUGUGCUGUCAGGUCAGCCGGCUCUGGCUUACGUCCCCAACCCUUUCUACCGCCACUUCUCUCUGGUCUUCUACCUCAAACCCACCACCAGCACCUCCUCCGUCCUCUUCUCCAUUACCGAUGGACCUCAGAGUAUCAUGUACAUCGGUGUCAAGCUCAGCGAGGUCAAGUCCGGCCGCCAGAAGGUGCAAUUCUUCUACACCGAGCCCGACUCCGAGUCCUCAUAUGAGGCGGCGAGCUUUGACGUGCCGAGCCUGGUGGACAGCUGGACCCGCUUCUCUCUGUCUAUCUUCGAGGACCAGGUGUCUUUCUACCAGGGCUGUGAGUCCGAGCCUCAGGUGGUGACGUUCGAGCGCUCGCCAGACCCCAUGGAGCUGGACGUCGGGGCGGGGAUAUUCGUGGGUCAGGCAGGAGGAGCUGAUGGGGACAAGUUCCAGGGUGAGAUUGUGGAUCUGAAACUAGUGGGAGAUCCUCGGGCAGCAGAGCGAUUGUGUGAAGACGAAGACGACUCCGACUCCGCUUCGGGAGACUUUGGCAGCGGUGAAGGCGACGGGAGGCAGAGUGGACACACAGUGCAGGCCACGCCUCCAUCACUGCGCCCGGUAGCCGAACCCCCGCUGACAUCCUCAGAAAACGUCCUGAUUGAGGAAACAGAUAUCAAGAAUUACCUGCCAAUGGUGAACCAGCGGCCUGGACCACCAGGCCCCAGAGGCCCAAGCGGAGCAAAAGGUGAGAAAGGUGACAGAGGAGAGAGAGGCUCAAAGGGGGACCGAGGCACCCCGGGGCCAAAGGGGGAUCCAGGUUUGAGCUCUGGCUCUGCUUUCUCCUCACAAGCUGGAGAACGAGGACAGAAGGGUGAAAAAGGUGCGAAGGGUAGUUCUGGGUUUGGGUACCCUGGUAAUAAAGGAGAGCGUGGGCCUCAGGGGCCUCCGGGGCCCCCUGGUCCUCCAGGACCUGCAGCUGAGGUGAUCCAUAUUGGGGAUGGCUCUGUUGUGCAGCAGGUGGCUGGACCCCCAGGGCCAGUGGGGCCACCUGGGCUGAAUGGGGUGACAGGACCCCCGGGAGCUGAUGGGGAGCCCGGUGAUCCAGGAGAGGAUGGAAAACCUGGACCCCCUGGGCCAGCAGGUAUCCCCGGAACUCCAGGAACCCCAGGCCCAAAAGGGGACAAGGGUGAGCGUGGAGAGGGACAACCCGGCCCUCGUGGCCCUCCAGGUCCACCAGGACCUCCAGGACAUGUCAGUGGCGACCAUCCAACAUUUGUUGACAUGGAGGGCUCAGGAUUCCCAGAUUUAGACAAAAUCAGGGGUCCUCCAGGCCUUCCAGGUCCCCCAGGUCCUCCUGGACCUCCUGGUACUUCAGUGGCAUUGACAUCUGAUGGUGUAGUAGCCUUUGGACCUCCUGGACCACCUGGACAGGACGGAGCACCUGGUCUACCAGGACCUCCUGGUCCCCGUGGGCCACCGGGUCCACUUGGUUCCAGAGGAGAGAAGGGUGACUGUGGUGAACUCGGUCUGCCUGGAGCAGUUGGACAAAAGCAGUACUCAGAUUUUUUCUCAGGCCUCUUCUCUUACUUUACUUCAUCUCCUCCGGUGUGUAACGGGUCGCAGGGUGCACAGGGUGAUCAGGGACAGCCAGGUCAACCGGGGCAGACUGGGCUGGCAGGGCUGCCGGGUCCGAUGGGACCUGUUGGACCCCCAGGUCCUCCUGGACCACCAGGGCCAGCGUACCGUGUUGGUUACGGGGACCAGGAGGAUGAUGAGGUGCCCAAUGGCUUACCUGGCCUCAGAGGUCCACCUGGACCACAGGGUCCACCUGGUGUUGCAGGCCUCCCGGGUAAUCCAGGACUCCCAGGUGUUGAUGGAGAGAAAGGAGCAGAGGGACCGCCGGGACCGGAAGGAAUCGCAGGCUUGGAUGGGUUACCGGGACCACCAGGUGAAAAGGGAGAAAGGGGACAGAAAGGAGAUAUGGGUCUACCAGGUCGUGAUGGUGUGCUACCUGGACCUCCAGGUCCUCCUGGACCUCCAGGCCAAGUCAUUUACCAACCAACAAGCGACUACAACGACGUUUACUGGAAUGAAGGGCAGGGAGCAGUUGGUAUUCCAGGCAGAGCAGGAUUCCCGGGACCUAUGGGACCAAAGGGAGAAAAAGGAGAUGGAGGUAUUCCAGGUUAUGCAGCUAAGGGUCAGAAAGGAGAGCCUGGUAUCAUCCUAGGGGCUGAUGGCAGGCCGAUGUACCUGGGUGGACUGGCAGGACAGCCGGGUGAGAUUGGACCUCCUGGCCCUGUAGGACCUCCGGGUCAGACUGGUCUACAGGGUCAGAAGGGAGAGAUCGGUCUUCCAGGCAGACCGGGUCGACCAGGACUGAACGGCGCCAAAGGAGAAAAAGGAGAAUCGGGCAGCGGAUCAGGAUACGGACACCCCGGUCUUCCAGGUCCUCCGGGCCCACCUGGACCCCCCGGACCACCUUCUCCACUUGACAGAUUCAGAGGUUACGACGAUCCUUUCAGGUUUUACUCUGGUUCUAAAGGAGAGAAAGGUGAUCGUGGAACACCAGGCAUCUCGGGUUUACCAGGUCUCUCCACAGACUUUGACAUUCAGACCUUUAAGAACGAGUUGAAAGGUGAAAUGGGAAGUCCUGGUCUAAAAGGAGAAAAGGGAGAGCCGAGUGGAGGAUAUUACGAUCCUCGCUAUGGAACGGGUGGCUUUGGACCUCCAGGACCUCCAGGCCCUAAAGGAGACUCCAUUGUUGGCCCUUCUGGUCCUCAGGGACCACCUGGACCUCCGGGACGAGGCUAUGAUGGGCCCCCUGGACCACCGGGGCCUCCUGGACCUCCAGGACCAGCUCUGACGGGACCACACCGAGGCACACACACUAUUAGCAUUCCUGGACCCCCAGGACCCCCUGGUGCACCAGGACUACCUGGACACUCUUCUGGGUUGACAGUGCUGAGGUCAUAUGACAUCAUGGCUGCCACAGCUUCAAGACAACCUGUAGGCUCUUUGGUCUACGUUAUAGAUCAAACAGAUCUCUACCUACGGGUCCGAGGAGGAGUCCGUCAAGUCCAGCUUGGAGGUUACAUCGCUUUACCGGCUGUAGAUGAUAAUGAGAUAGCAGCUGUGGAACCUCCACCAGUUGUCCACUACUCCCCGGAUCGGCAUGACUCCCAAAGGCCACCUGCGUCUCACCCCAGCUCAGGGAAACCUUCUGAUCCUGACCCCCAUCAUACAACACACCAUGAACCAGUUCAUCCAGCUCACUACGAUCCUCAUUACCCACAUCACCCUGAUCCCAGAUACCAACCCGACACACACUACCCAGAUUCCCGACACCAACCCGACACACACCACCCAGAUUCCCGACACCAACCCGACACACACCACCCAGAUUCCCGACACCAACCCGACAAACACCACCCAGAUUCCCGACACCACCCUGACAGACACCACCCUGAUUUUCGAUACCAACCUGAGACACACUACCCUGUUCAGCCAGACCCGCAUUACCCACCACCAACAGAUCCAAGAUAUCCAAGUUACUCUGAACGGAUAGAUCAACCAGAUGGCAGAUAUUACACGCAUCCAGCCCAGGAACACCCAGUCUACCCAGAUAGCCGUUACCCAGUUACCCCUCAAAGGCGACCACCUCCCCCUGAACCCCAAUUACCAGUUCACCAUCACACUUUGGGUCCAGCGCUGCAUUUGAUCGCCCUCAACAGCCCUCAGACCGGAUCGAUGCGGGGCAUACACGGGGCAGAUUUCCUCUGCUUCACCCAGGCUCAAUCCAUUGGGUUGAAAGGGACAUUCAGGGCCUUCCUGUCCGCCAAGCUCCAAGAUCUCUAUAGUAUUGUACGGAAAGUCGACAGGGACCGUUUGCCAAUCGUCAACCUGAAGGAUGAGGUUCUUUUUGACAGCUGGGAAAACAUCUUCACUGAUGCCAGAAUGAAGGACAACGUCCCGAUCUACUCGUUUGACGGCAGGAAUGUCUUGACCGACAGCGUGUGGCCGGAGAAGAUAAUAUGGCAUGGUUCCACCAGUGUGGGGCAGCGGCAGGUGGACAACUACUGUGAGACGUGGCGUGUGGGUGAGCAGACGCUGACCGGUAUGACCUCGUCCCUGCAGAGCGGCUCUCUGCUCCAGCAGAGUCCCAGCAGCUGCUCGGGCUCCUACAUCGUGCUGUGCAUCGAGAACAGCGCCGGCGGUCACACCAGGAGAUAGAAA